AGAAGAUCACUCACUAUAAGGAUCGAGACAAGCAACAGUUAUCCAUUAAGCUGUUGUCAGAGAGACUGUGGAUGAUGGGUUGUCUUGUGGUCACCGGGGUUCUACUUGUGAUUCUACUGUUCCAUCCUCCAGCAGCUCAGAUGGAGAGCCCAGAUACAGAUGGUGAGGCCGUGAUAAUCGAAGAGUUUUGUCUGAAAAUCUCUGAUGAUUCGCACUGUACAACCGCUGAACCAGAGCCCAGACAAACGGUUACCAACAAGGAGUCAGCUGAGAGCACACAACUGGCAAGGUCUUCUCCGUCGAAUGACAAGGAAGGCUUCCCACCAGACAGUGGUGAACUGGGGCCGGUAGAGAGGGGUGUCGCUGCAAGACAAGAUAUAAACUCCACUCGUCAACCGGCUGUCAAUUCUUCAUCACUUGUGGCAAACUUCAUGGGCAUCCCGCCAGGCCAUAGGGAACUGGGGCCGAUAGAGAGGGAAGGGUGUCGCUGCAAGACGUGGCAGGAACACACAACUGACCGGUCCCUUGUCAGGAGCAUAGACUUCAGAUUCCCUGCAACGGACGUGUGUAACUCCACAGAGAUCAUUGAGACACUGGUCGAUGGUAGGAAGGUUUGUGUGAAUACCUCUCUCACAAGACACCUUGCACCACUGUUUGGGCCUUCAACUGACCCAGACUGGGAAGGGACCACAACCCCCAGCCCAAACACCUCUGCAGUAUCCUCGUCCCCAACCACACAGACAGCGGAACAAAUGAGCAUGACACCACCAAGGGAAUUAAGGGACUUUUCUCUGGACUUUUUCUUUGGAAUUAGUGAAGAGAGACAAGUACCCCCAGCACCCCCAGCACUCCCGGCACCCCUGGAAGACCCAGCACCCCCGGGACCCUCAGGACCCAAUGGGUCCAAAGGUCGCUUUGAACAACAGAGGCCUGUUCUGCAGAGAUGCAUGUGCAUCGAAAAGGAGGCCAGAAGGAUAGGAAGGCUCAUCUCUAAAAUACAGUUGAAUCCACCCUCUUCAAGCUGCAACGUUGUGGAGAUUAUUGCAACUCUGAAGAUGUCAGGUCAAGAGGUUUGCUUGGAUGUCACCUCACACUGGGUACGCAAAAUCCUGGAGAAAUUAAAAGUACAACCAGACUCCCCUUGAAGGAGUUAACCUCAUUUCAACACAUCCUCCUGAAUGACGCCAGGCUGAUAAUAAAGUUAUAUUUCAUGAAAGAUGUGUGCUCAGCACAGUAUUGCUUUGGCGCAACAGUUGUUAGUAAGUAGAUGUUGCUGAUUAUCAAAGUGCUACAUGUGUCAGCAGUUUGACACCUAUUUUUUGAUAAAGAUGUUUGAUAAGUGACUAAUUCUUUCCACCCUGGCCUGUACUUGAUUUUACAGGAAAUUGAAAUGUUUUUUUUGGCAUCUGAUUUCUGCUAUCUGGACAACUAAACCACUGAGAGAAAGGGAAAUUUGCUAAUGUAAUUUGAAUUUCAAAUUGUAAUGACAACUUAAACUAGUUCCAAAUAAACCGCUCACCAACCUUGAGUAUG